ACAUACAACUAGUAAGUUAUAAUAAUGUAGAUAUAAAAAAACAAUAAACAUUGUAAAAAUUCAAUACAUCUAGCUUCAUUAUAAAUAACAUCACUUAAUUCCUUCCUUCAAGAGCCCAAGUUGUGACAUUGAUGAUCUGUGCUGUAGCCUGAUUUUUACAAAUAAAAGAAGUAUGGGGAAAUCAACAGGUGUUGCAUCGGGUGAUAUAAUUCAUCAAGUACUCACUAAAGACAACUAUGGAAGAUGGAAAAGUGUUAUGCAAAACUAUCUGCAGGGUCAAGAUCUAUGGUACGAUAUUAUCGAGAAGAAUGUUGAUAAUGAUGAUAAACAUUCAACUACAAAGGAUCCUGAUCAUCAGACUCCUCCCAAGAAGAUGAAGGAUGGAAAAACUUUCCGUAUCUUUCAACUAUCAAAAGCCAGCUUGAAUAUUAACUUCAACAACCAAAAUGGCUUAGAGUCAAAAGCCAACCCUGAUAUUGAGCAAGGUCUUUUGGGCGUUGUCCAGAGUGUUUCAGAAGUUGAAACUGAGGUAUCAAGGAAAAUAAAGGAUGCAAAAGCUUUGCAUAUCAUUCAACUAUCAUGUGGACGAGAGAUUGUUGAUGACAUUAUUCAUUUUGAUUCAGCCAAAAAAGCCUGGAAUCAUUUGAGUGAACAAUUCGACAAAGAUCAGUCAAAAUCAGCCGGAAGAUAUGCUUCACAAGACUUGGACGAUAGCUUUGGUCAACAACAUAAAGAACUGUUCAGGAUAGUUACGAGAGGUGGUUUUAUUGAAAACAUCAUUAAUUUGAUGAAACCUGACCUAUGUAUAACCUCACCAACAUCAGGUAGAACACUUCUUCACGUUGCAGUAAUCGCAGGAAAUGUGGAGAAUGUGAAAAUAUUAAUGACAGAAGGGAGGGAAAGGUUACUACUCAUGCAAGAUAAAGAUGGUGACACAGCUCUUUCUCUUGUUGCUCGUUAUACCGGAAACACCGAUAUGGCAAAGUGUUUGGUUGAGACAAAAAACGGGUCUGGUGAAAAGCUGUUGAAUAUGCAGAACAAGGAUAAAGUUAUCCCUAUUCUUAUGGCUGCUGCUAAUGGACACAAAGAUCUCACUUCCUAUCUUUACAUUCAAAUGUGUCCAAAAAAAAAUCUUUACUCACAAACAACCUACACAUCAAAAGUGUUCGAUGGAACCGAUUCACAGUAUCGUAUUUUGCUUCUUUCACUGUGUAUCACUGCUGAAAUAUUUGAUGUGGCUUUGAAAUUACUCAAGCGUUACAAAGACCUACCGAAGGAAUCAUUAUCAUUAUACAACUUCUCCAUCAUCUCAAAGUUGCUGAGGGAAUCGUUAUCAUUACCUAAGUUGGAUUCAAACCAGAAACCCGCCGUACCUGAUAAAUUCUCAGCCUUAGUUGCAUUGGCUAAAAUGCCUUUGGCUUUCCCGAGUGGCUACCAAUUCAGUCGUUGGGAACAAUUAAUUUACGAUAUUUUGAGCGUAGAAAAGGAAUUCAAGGUUAAAUAUGAAAUUCCUGACAUCGCAAUCAUCGUUCGAAGGGUAACAAAUAUCACAGUUGAUAAUGACCAAAGACCGCUAAAGACUUCUUCUGUAGUUCGGAUUGGCUUUGGCAGACAUGUUUUGAAUUCUCUUCUCCUUGUAAUGCAUUAUGGUCAUGGAAUAUUCUACGGAAUUGCAUACUUGUUCAUUCAAAGUUUCAAAUUCCUGAAUAUCUUUGGAGUUAGAAGAAUAUAUGGCAUGAAAUGUACCCAUUAUGAAGUUAUAGGAAUAUUGAAUUACUUCUGCCAAAGUAUUGGUGAAUUUAAUGAUUUACAGCUCCAAAAGGAUUCAGAUGAAGGCAUGUUGCAUGCAGCUCAACAUGGAAUAAUUGAGUUCAUAAAUGCAAUGAGAAAGGCUAACCCUGAAUCGCUAGAAGCUGUUGAUAGAUGCAAUAGAGGCAUAUUUUCUUAUGCAGUUUUGCAUCGUAAACAAAAUGUGUUUCAACUCAUACAUUAUCUUCAUGGACGGAAAGAGAUAUUUAGAUAUCAUAAAGAUAAGUUUAACAAUAACUUGUUGCACUUGGCAGCCCAGUUAGGUCCUUCAUCUGAUCGUGAUACUAGAUCUGGUGCUGCUCUACAAAUGCAAAGGGAAUUUCAAUGGUUCAAGGCAGUGGAGAAAGUUGUGCAUCCCAAGUUUAAGGAAGCCAAAAAUGUCGAUGGUAAAAAGCCUCACGAAAUAUUCACCGAAAACCACGAUGAGCUAGUUAAACUUGGAGAGAAAUGGGCAAAAGACACAGCAACAUCUUUUACAAUUGUAGGUACUCUUAUCACUACCAUCAUGUUCGCCGCAGCCUUUACAGUCCCGGGUGGAAACGAUCAAGACACUGGUUUGCCUAUCUUCUUGCAUGACAACAUAUUCACUACAUUCCUCAUAGCAGAUGCAUUUUCUCUCUUCACAUCUGCCGCUUCUGUAUUGAUUUUCAUUGGUAUUCUUACAUCGCGUUAUGCAGAGAAUGAUUUUCUCAGGAGUUUGCCUUGGAAGUUAUUGUUUGGUCUUUGGUUCCUUUUUCUCUCUGUUUGUUCCAUGAUAGUUGCAUUUUGUGCUUCUAUUACUAUGAUCUUAAAGGGAUAUCGAACCUAUAAGUGGUUCAUUGUAGGACCAACCUUGUCACUUGGGAGUAUUCCUAUUAUGGUUCUUGUAGUAUCGCAGUUGCGCCUCAUGUAUGAAAUUCUUCACUCUACAAGGAAGAAUCCCAUUAGCAGUAUCAGAAACUGAUGACAAUGUAUGUGCUUGAAAAUAUGCUUACUUCCACAUAAGUUUAUUUACUCAUGAGAGAAUGAUUGAGAUUCUAACUA